AUGGCGUUUUACAGGGACGGGCAGGAUGGGUACGAUAUGGACAGCAGCUUUGGAAUAUCAGGAGGUACAGCGAUGGACGUUAGUGGAAAGAUAGCAAUCGUAACCGGCGGCGGGCGAGGCAUAGGGCGAGGCAUUUCGCUUGCCCUGGCGCGAAACGGCGCAGACAUAGUGAUCGCCGACAUCAUCGUGAAGAACGCGGAGGGAGUCGCGGACGAAACCAGGAAUCCGUCGAGGGAGAUGACGGCGCAGGCCCUGUCCGAGUUCGGAGCAAUCGACAUACUCGUGAACAAUGCGGGCGUCAUCGGCGCGCAGGGCUGGGAGAGCCGCGAGACGCCGAAUGAAGAGGACUGGGACUUCAUCUUCGAGAUAAAUGUGAAGGGCAUCGCGCGCGUUACCGACGCCAUCUCCCCGCAUAUGCAAGGAGCGCAGGGCAGUUCGCGCAAUCCGCCCUACAAUGUCUCGAAGGCAGGCGUGAUAAGCCUGACCCAAGGGCAGGCACAGGGGCUCGCACCGCACAAUAUCAACGUGAACGCGAUAUGCCCGGGCCUGCUGUGGACGCCUAUGUGGGAGCGCAUCACCGCCCGCGCCGCCAUGACACCGAACCCCGGAGAAAAGACGCAGCGCGAACUCUUCGAGGAAAAUGUUCAGAGGACAAUUCCCCUCGGCAGGGAGCAGACGCCCGACGACAUCGGCAACCUCGCCGCCUUCCUAGCUUCCGAGUACGCCAUGAACAUCACAGGCCAGUCGAUAAACGUCAGCGGCGGCCUGCACAUGAACUAG